AUGGUGAUGGAUUACCCCUCGCGCGUAUCCACGCCGGGGGGCCCAGCCAGGAGGCGGCCCAGCUCGUGCGGCCAACUGGCACCGCUCGAGCCGUGCAAGGCGGGCCGCAAGAGCCUGCCGCCGUCCCCGAACGAGGGCGGAGAGCCGCUCAUGGCGGCCCGCAGGAGCAUGCCGCAGUUCCCGAUGAGCUCGCAGCGCGGCGAGAUUGCGGACGCGCGGCUUACGGGGCCCGUGUCGAGGAGGGCCUCCAAGCACAGCAAGUUGCCGAGGGUCUCGUCCACCGGGACGCUGCUGCCGCAGCCGAAUGCUCGGAGGAUGUCCACGAACGACAUGUUCCAGAAGUCGCCGGCCCAGAUCCAGAAGAGUCUGUCCAAGGCUUGCCUCCAGCGGCGCCACAGCAUUGCCGACACGCCAGCCAGCGGCGCUCUGCAGGCCUCACGGUCAGACUUCCCGCAGAAGUUGCAGCCGCGGAGCCUAGAGAUGUGGGGCGCGUACUCCGCGUUGACGGAUCAGCUGCCGCGCAUGGACCCCGGCACGGAGUUCCUCGACUGGCCCACGCAGUGCGUCGCGGGCUUCGUGAACCCUCCCAAGCGCCGCGCAUCUCUGCUCGCCUCCACGCUGCUGGGCAGUCUGCAGAAGCCCAGCCCGAAGCAGCAGCAGCAGCAGCAGCAGCAUCAGCAGGAUCAGAAAGAUGUCGACGACUUCGGCCUCGAUCACGAUGAGGCGUGCAGCGAGGGACAGCGCUCGUCCAGCCCCCGCGAGACCACGCGCCAUGUCCUGAGCAUGCCCGAAGUGCCCGCGCAGGUGCCAGGCCCAGACGAGGCCACGAGCGGGGAAACUCAGGCUUCCAGCCCGCCAGAGGCCACGAAAGAGAACACUCGGGUGCACGGCCCGCACGAGGCCAUGAGCGAGGACACCCGGGUGCCCAGCGCGAAGGGGUCCAUCAGCGGGGUCUCCGUGGACGCCGACGACCUGGGUGUGAAGGUGCCUCUCGCGCCCACGCUGGAGGAGAUCUACGCGAGCUACACGGACGACCAGUGGGAAGGGCACGACAGGAUCAUGAGCUUGGCCUUCAAGCGCUUCGCGGUCGAGGGUGCCAGUGAGAUCGCGCGCGAGAGUCUGCACGACGCCUUCGUCCACAUGGGCUUCCUGACCAGCACGCAGAAGAGCGCCGUCGACGUCACGUCGGGGCUCUCGAAGUUCCAGAACCUGGACUACAUCGACUUCUGCGACUGCGCCAACGAGUUCGCCUCCCGCGAGCGCGCCGCCGUCCGCCAGAGCGCGGCCGCGUUCCUGGCGCAGCGCGGCGGCGACGCGGACGCGGUCGUCGACCAGCUGCAGGAGUUUCUGCGCUCCGCGGGCCUGUACAUCCCCUACGGCAACGUGGUGGCCGCACGGGAGGCGGCGGGGCUGGGCCACAUGCACCCGGAGGACAUGAGCACCGAGGACCUCAUGGCGACCCUGGCCGCGUGCAAGAUGAAGGAGGGCUUCACCAAGGAGGAGGUGGCGGCCGCGCACGAGGUCUUCGAGGAGCUCGACCAGGUGCUGGUGCAGCACGUCUCGGCGAGCCGGUGGGGCCCCAUGGCUCAGGCCUCCCAGCUUGUCGACGGCCUGCUGAAGUUCACUGGCCUCUACUGCGUGGACUACUUGGACGCGCUGGUAGAAAUCAUGCCCUCUGAGUCCGCCGCGGAGCAGCAGGGCUUAAGCUUCCACGAAUUCCUUGUCUGGGCGCGCCGGCUGCGUGACCCCAUGAUGAAGGAUCUUUGGAAGUGCUUCGAGGACCUCGAGAAGAGUGGCUCUGGCGAAAUCCAGCUGGACACCGCCAUCAGCAUCGCGGCAAAGUUUGGCAUCACCCUGCUCACGGACGCUGUAGAUGAGAUCCUCGCAGAUCUCGACAUGGAGAAGGACUCCCCUUUCGACUUCGGCGCGCUAGUGCAGUUCAUUGGCGCAGCCCGGGAAAAGCACGGCUUCUCGACCUCCGAGCAGGAGGACCUUGACGCCGCGUUUGAGAAGUUCGACAACGACGGAGAAGGGGAGCUGAGCCACCUCCAGGUGCUCGACCUGCUUCGAUACCAAGGGAACAACACGAGCGUCGAGCAGGCAAAUGUCAUGAUGAACCGGGUCGACUACAACGGCAAUGGAUCUAUGGACCGCGACGAGUUUUUGAGGUUGAUGAGGCUCAUGCGGGAGCAGGACGUCUUGAGCGCUCGCAAAUCUUUCGACGAGUUGAGCAGUAAAACUGGCCAACUUCCAACGGCGUCUGUCAAGGACGCCCUCGCCAACCUGCAGCUCUUCCCCAGGUCUAGCAUGCUCGCUGAGCUCUUGAGAGAAAUGCCGCCAGAUUUGUGCUUCAGUUCUUUCAUGCGCCUUCAUGACCAGUGCCGCUUCCGCGUGAACCUCGACUUCCGGAAGAGCGCAGGUUUCCCAGAAAAGACUUUGAAGGAGAUCAACCACAUUUGGAGUGGCGGCGAGUCCGAGAAACACUUCAUCACCCUCAGCGAGCUCCUUUGGAUGUGCACCGACUCGCACGCGAUCCCCGUGAACACGCAGGAAGGUCGGACCCAGCUGCUGCAGCGAGUGACGGCCUCUCGGGAGGCAGCUAUCGCGGCUGGAGCAUCGGAGGACGAGGUGUCACGGGGAAGCACCACAGACGUCGGCUACUACACGUUCCUGCACCUGAUCCGCGGCAUCGUGCGGGAGUCAGAGGAGGACAUUGUCAAUCGCGAGAAGGAUGCCGUGUCCAGCGCCCGCUUCGAGAGUGGCGUGACCGCUGAGGUCCGCAGAAUCUUCUGCGACUUCGCCGAGCACAAGGAGAUCAAGAAAUCGACUUGGAAGCAUAUCAUGGCCAUGGGAGGGCGGCCGAUAGACAAGCUGCUGGCGCGGCUCACGAUGGUGCCCGCCAUACCAGAGGUGGCCCUGCCGAUCAUGCUGAAGUCAAUGGGGGCAAAGGUGCCAAGCAGCAAGAUGCAAGACAUCAGCAAUUUCCUGGCGCAGUCGAGGAGCCAGGUCGAGGCGGACGAGAAUACCGUGCAUUUCUCCACCUUCUUGAGGCUGUUGCGAUGGAUGCUGGACGCUGACUUUGCUGGCAUCUCCGCCGUCAUAGAGUCCCUGAAGGUUGACGGCAACGGCACCAGCAGCUCGAGUCCGAAAGGAAAGAGGUGA